AUGGAAGAUGAUGGAAAUGAUCAUGUCAAUUAUUUGUUGUGCAAUUCAUUCUUCCAAGAGGCUGAGACGGAUGCUCUUGGUGGUAUAACUAAGUUCAAGAUGCAUGAUCUUGUUUUUGAUUUGGCAAAUUCUCUUUCAAGGGUUGACAUUGUAACAGUUGGGUUUAAAGAUCUAAAAAACAGUUCUGAUGCUCUUCAUUUGAGACUGUAUACAAAUGGUGAGAUAGAACACUUGUCCUUUGUUGAUGAAGAUGAUGUAGUGGAAGGUCUUCGAUCUCAUCCAAAUCUGAAACAACUGUCCAUUGAAAACUUUGGAGGUGAUAAUUUACCUCGAUGGAUGAUGAGUGGGUGUGAAUUCUCUAUCACUAAUUUAGUGCUACUCAAUCUUGAAAAAUGCCAGAGAUUGGAACAUGUCCCCCCACUUGGACAGCUACCAUCUCUUAAGAUUCUUUGUCUGAAAGGAACGAAAAGGAUGAAGAGUCUUGGCAGUGAUUUCUAUCAUGGAGAUGGUAGCAAUAGUACUCAAGCUUCCCUUACUACAACAGCAUUCCCUUCAUUGGAAGAGCUUUCCCUCCAAAGUUUGCCUAGCUUAGAAGAAUGGAUGGAACCGCAAGGCUCAUUCCCUUCCUUCCCUUGCCUUGAGUGGAUAUUUGUAGAAGAUUGCCCCAAGUUAGUGACUAUGCCCAGUCGGUUUCCUUCUCUUAAAAUACUCCACAUCAUAAGAAGUAAUGGCAUCUUGCUGAGGUUAGUCGUGGAGGUUCUCUCUCUUAUUGAACUAUAUAUAAUUGAAGUAUCAGAGGUUAAGUUUUUACCAAAAGGAAUAUUGGACAACAAUAUCAAAGAAUUACAUAUAGAGAAUUGCCCCAACCUUGAAGCAAUCAUUAUGCCAAGCGAGGAGAGUUUACUGCAAGUCCUCCCAUCAUCUCUUGAAAUGCUUCUUGUAAGUCAAUGCCCUUCUCUGGUGUCAUUUCCAGAUUUACGAGGUCUACACUCUAUUCGGAAUUUUUGUUUUCCAAGAAAUGAAAAAAUCACUCGAUUACCAGAGGGACUACACACCCUCCACACCCUUGAAUUGUUGAGUAUUGGUGGGUUUUCAUCAGAGCUGGAGUCCUUUCCUGACUUGGAGCCUCUCCAACGCUUGUCCUCCCUUCGAAACUUACAUAUUUUUGGGUGGUCUAAGCUUACGUCUCCUCCUGAGCAACUUCAAAGUCUCACCCAAUUGGAAUCAUUGGGAAUAAAUAAGUUUCAUAGUGUGACAACUCUGCCAGAGUGGCUCGAGAACCUUUCUUUGCUUCGAAUAUUGUCUCUUGAAGAAUGCAAUAAUCUGAUGUAUCUUCCAAAAGUGGAAGGAAUGCGAUGCUUCACAGCAUUAAGGAAAUUGACUAUUAGAAAUUGCUCCAUUCUCAAAGAAAGAUGCAGCAGGGGAAGAGGUGAGGAGUGGCCUAAGAUUAAACACAUACAGAACAUCCAAAUUGAUUGCCAAUAUGUGUAA